AUGUCCGGCUACUACGUCUUCUUCAAUUCCACAGUGGUUGCUUCCACGAAGCAUACGGAAGUAACCUUUCUCUCCCCAGUCAUUGUGCCAUGAAUUAGCAAUGAUCCAGUAGGGUACACCUCGUUCCGUACCCCAUCCGAUUAUCUUUACAGCAUGACCACCUCGUGCUCUUCCUGCGCGAUGCCUGUAGAUUCCUCUUACAUAGUAUGUGAAGUCAUCGUAAACAGUGAAAGCGGCAACAACAGGUCCGUUCUUCAUGAUUUCCCUCUGAAUAGCUUUGACCGAGUUUGGUAGCGCGUAUGCGUCCUCGCCUUGCAUUCUAUCGCUCUUGUAUGAUUUCUUGUAAGCCUUUUGACAUUUCCUCAUACAGCUUGGUGUGUCAGCAUCAUCCGGACACUCGCCAUAGUACGUUUCGUUUCCAUGACGUCCACAUGGAUGGAAGGGGUAGGGGCGGCAGCAAUUCUUAUCACCGUAGUCUCCUCCGGUAACAGCACCCUGAUAUGCAAAAAAUUUGAAAGCUUCGAUUGGCCAGCCACCUUCACAUCCGUAACCGCAUGAAUAACAGCAUGACACAAAGUCAAUCGACGAGACAUGCACCUGUUUUUCUCCCUUACUAGCAAUGCAAAUACGAUCGGAAAGAGCGGCUGCUGUUGAAACUGCCCAGCAUGAACCGCAGUUGGCUUGGUCACGGAUAUGUGUGAGCGAAGGGCAGUUCGGCCACUGAGUUCGAGCGUCGAAACUUUCUGGGAUGUCGUCGCCAUUGUCGUACAUGUCGUUAACAACUGGCUUCUUAUUCUGAUUGAGGAACUUCAGAUCCAUCAAUUUAUGUUCUACAUUGAAGCUGUGUGGUGUUACUUCGGCCUCGAAGAGAUCCUGGUUCUUUUUCAGGUACUUGACCAAUUCCUCACCACUAAGCACUUGCGCUUCCAAGGGAAUACUAUUAUCCUUCAGCGAAGCGAGAAAAUCCGCGUCGACCGCGAAGGCUACUUGGGAUAG